AAUUCCCCUACUGCUCCUCUAUUGACUUUUCCAUCAUCUUCUCUGCAAGAUAAAUAAAGGAAGACGGAGAGGAAGACAACAGUGACAAAAAUCGCCGGAGAAUUCUACGGCUUUCAAAUCACCGGCAGCAAGACAGACAAUAACAAAGAUGUCAUUGUCUUGGAUUUUGAGGAUCACAAGAAAUGGCAGCCAUUGGUUUGUCUCUCAUCGACCCUCAUCUUAUGGAUUCUUGCUCUCCAACAAUUCCCACUCUUCUACACGAAAGGUUUUCAAUUGCAGAGAAACUUAUUCUUGGACUGUACCUUCCUUUCAUGUUUUCAAACAUCAGAUUCAUCACCAGAGCAGUUCCUUAGUGGAGGAACAGCUUGACCCAUUUUCACUUGUUGCUGAUGAGCUAUCACUUCUUGCUAAUAGAUUGCAGUCAAUGGUAAUUGCUGAGGUUCCUAAGCUUGCCUCAGCUGCCGAGUACCUUUUUAAAAUGGGAGUACAAGGAAAGAGGUUCCGUCCCACGGUUUUGUUGCUGAUGGCAACAGCUUUGAAUGUGCGUAUACUUGAAACGGAAACUGGUAGUGUAGGAGAUGCUUUGACAACAGAACUACGUAAAAGACAGCAAUCUAUAGCUGAAAUUACCGAGAUGAUCCAUGUGGCAAGUCUUCUGCAUGAUGAUGUAUUGGAUGAUGCAGAUACGAGACGUGGUAUUGGUUCAUUAAAUCUUGUUAUGGGCAAUAAGGUGGCAGUACUUGCUGGAGAUUUUCUACUUUCACGAGCUUGUGUAGCCCUUGCUUCUUUGAAAAACACGGAAGUUGUUUCAUUAUUAGCGACAGUUGUAGAACAUCUUGUUACUGGUGAAACUAUGCAGAUGACUUCAACAUCUGAGCAACUUUGUAGCAUGGAGUAUUAUAUGCAAAAGACGUACUACAAGACUGCAUCUUUGAUUUCAAAUAGCUGCAAGGCAAUUGCCCUUCUUGCUGGGCAAACAACGGAAGUUGCAAUGUUGGCUUUUGAGUAUGGCAAAAAUCUGGGAUUGGCAUAUCAAUUGAUUGAUGAUGUUCUUGAUUUCACGGGAACUUCUGCUUCCCUUGGAAAGGGUUCAUUAUCUGACAUUCGCCAUGGAAUUGUAACAGCUCCAAUAUUGUUUGCCAUGGAGGAGUUCCCUCAGUUGCAUUCAGUUAUUGACCAGGGCUUUGACAAGCCUGAAAACAUUGAUGCAGCCCUUGAUUAUCUUUGGAAGAGCCGUGGAAUACAGAGAACAAGGGAGCUAGCUGCAAAGCAUGCUAAUCUUGCAGCAGCAGCUAUUGAUUCUUUACCUGAAACUGAUGAUGAAGAAGUAAGAAAAACACGGAGGGCGCUAGUUGAUCUUACUCAAAGAGUAAUCACAAGAAAUAAAUGACAGAAUAUGAAUUCUUGCAACAUACUGUAGAAGUAAGAAAAUCACGGAGGGCGUUUACUCAGAGAGUAAUCUCAAGAAAUAAAUGACAGAAUAUGAAUUCUGGCAACAUAGAGUAGCAGGUUUUUGCUUAUUUCGUAUUUUAUUGUUCCUGCAUCUGAGCGUCUUGCUCCACAUUAUUUAUUCAAUUACUUGGAUUUUUGUUCCACAAUAUUUGUUGUAACGACUUGGCUCUUGUAAAAUCCUACUUCGUGUUAAGUCCAGAACAAAGAAUGAUGGAUAAGAGUUACAAUUA